AUGAGGUGAACGGGAUUGGGAAUAUUCUGCAAUGUACGUGAAGAGGCGGCUCGAGUGAGAAAUGCGGACGGUGUUUCGGUGACCCCUUUCAGCGGCCGGGAAACCCACGGGGUAUUAACGUGGUAAGAGAGAUGGACUCGUUGAAGUGUCUAAUGAGCGCCGCUCCUCAUCAACCACCUCUCCUGGCUGCUUCUUCGAGAUCACAGAAUCCAUUUGUCCAAGCUAAACUCUGUUCGGUAGUCGGCACCAAAGGCCGUCAUCUGAGAAUCAGUUUUUGUCUCACCGGCGAUACCAUGGAUGUCAUUAAACAGUGUCUCGUCUACUUCAAAGCUUCCUCGUUGGUGGGAGGCGAGUUCGACAUCGAAUUAAACUUCGUAAUUCCAGAUCCACAAAACAUCAGACAUAUGCUGGAAUUGUUAGAUCAUUGCACGCCAAAUCUACAGGCUGAAAUAUGGAGCGUCUUCAUAGCCAUUUUGAGAAAAAGUGUUCGCAAUUUACAAGCAUGUACAGACGUCAAUCUUAUCGAACUCGUUUUGCAUCGAUUGUCACGAGCAGAAACUGUCGUCGCAGAUUUAAUGAUCGACAUGCUGGGAGUUUUGGCGAAUUACAGCAUAACGGUGAAAGAACUGAAGCUCCUUUUUGGCGCAAUGAAAGCAGUCAAAGGAAAGUGGCCACGACAUUCGGCGAAAUUAUUGAAUGUCCUUCGACAAAUGCCCCAGAGGAAUGGACCUGACGUUUUUUUCAGUUUUCCAGGCAGACAAGGAUCGGCGAUCGUUCUACCACCACUCGCAAAAUGGCCGUAUGAAAGCGGAUUUACUUUUACGACAUGGUUCAGAUUGGACCCCAUCAACUCUGUUAAUAUUGAACGAGAAAAGCCAUAUCUAUACUGUUUCAAGACGAGCAAGGGAAUCGGCUAUUCUGCACAUUUUGUUGGCAAUUGCCUCGUUUUGACGUCUAUGAAAAUGAAGGGCAAGGGACUGCAACACUGCGUGAAAUAUGAAUUUCAACCGCGAAAGUGGUACAUGAUUGCGGUGGUGUACAUAUACAACAGGUGGACAAAGAGCGAAAUCAAGUGCUUAGUUAAUGGUCAGUUAGCUUCUAGUACAGAAAUGACGUGGUUCGUGUCGACAAAUGAUCCUUUUGAUAAAUGCUACAUCGGCGCUACACCAGAACUGGACGAGGAGCGUGUUUUCUGUGGUCAGAUGAGUGCCAUUUACCUUUUCAGUGAGGCUCUGACGACGCAUCAAAUUUGCGCAAUGCAUAGGCUAGGACCGGGUUACAAGAGUCAGUUUCGGUUUGACAACGAAUGCUACUUGAAUCUGCCUGACAAUCACAAAAGGGUGAGUCAAGAGCUGGAGCUCUCGAGCAUGAAGGACCAAAGUAUGCGACCCGUGCUUUAUGAUGGGAAGCUGUCCAAUGCAAUUGUGUUCAUGUAUAAUCCAGUAGCGACGGACUCGCAACUGUGUCUGCAGAGUGCACCGAAAGGAAACAUUUCUUACUUUGUACAUACUCCACACGCCUUGAUGUUGCAGGACGUCAAAGCUGUUAUCACACAUUCCAUACACAGUACGCUGAACUCAAUUGGAGGAAUCCAGGUGCUUUUUCCUUUAUUUUCACAAUUGGACAUGCCUUACGAUUGUGUUUCUCCAAAUGAUAUUCAAAGGGAUCCAGCCUUAUGUUCGAAAUUAUUGGGGUUCAUUUGUGACAUGAUGGAAAGUUCACAAACAGUUCAACAGCAAAUGGUUUUAAACAGAGGAUUUGCUGUAAUUAGUUACAUGCUUCAAAGAGCGAGCAGAGAGCAUUUGACGAUAGAUGUUCUCACUUCGUUUUUGGAGCUUACGAAACACCUUGUUACGUGUCUCAGUGCGAAUAGUGAUUUGCUGUUGAAACAGAUGGUUUAUUUUUCAUUCCUAACAUGGCAGCUGUUGGAUCACGUCCUCUUUAACCCGGCUUUGUGGAUAUACACUCCAGCUCCAGUCCAAAUUCGACUCUACUCUUACCUUGCUACGGAAUUCCUUAGCGACACUCAAAUCUAUUCGAAUGUGAGGCGAGUGUCCACGGUUAUGCAGACUGUUCACUCCCUCAAAUACUACUACUGGGUUGUUAAUCCAAGGUCCAAGAGUGGCAUUACUCCAAAAGGACUCGAUGGAACACGACCACCACAAAAGGAUAUUUUAACAAUACGAUCGUACAUCCUGUUAUUUCUGAAGCAACUCAUUAUGAUAGGACAUGGUGUGAAAGAGGAUGAAAUUCAAACUGUUCUCAAUUAUCUCACGACAAUGCACGAGGAUGAAAAUCUGCACGAUGUUUUGCAAAUGCUUAUUACAAUGGUUUCUGAAUAUCCUUCGUCUCUAGUGCCAGCUUUCGAUUCCAAACACGGUGUCAGGACAGUCUUUAAGCUACUGGCAGCAGAAAGUCAAUUAAUACGACUUCAAGCACUCAAGUUAUUAGGUUUCUUUCUUAGUCGCAGCACUCACAAAAGAAAAUACGAUGUGAUGAUUCCGUACAAUUUGCACUCACUUCUUGCGGAAAGAUUAAUGUUGAAUGAAGAGACGCUUUCUUUACCAACGUACAAUGUUUUAUACGAGAUCCUGACAGACAAUAUUAGUCAACAAAUAUUGUAUACGAGGCAUCCGGAGCCAGAAUCACAUCAUCGAAUAGAGAGUGCAAACAUUCUCAAAGUAGUGGCAACAUUAAUUCGGCAAUCGAAGCGAACUGAACAACUGCUGGAUGUGAAGAAACUGUUUCUCUCUGAUAUGACGCUUCUUUGCAACAAUAAUCGAGAAAAUCGACGAACCGUCUUACAAAUGUCAGUGUGGCAAGAGUGGCUGAUAGCGAUGGCUUACAUUCAUCCGAAAAAUACAGAAGAGCAGAAAAUAUCAGACAUGGUGUACUCCUUGUUUCGAAUGCUCCUUCAUCACGCCAUCAAAUAUGAAUACGGAGGAUGGCGCGUUUGGGUCGACACUCUGGCCAUUGUUCAUUCCAAAGUUUCCUACGAAGAAUUUAAACUCCAAUUUGCUCAAAUGUACGAACAUUAUGAGAGGCAACGUUGCGACAAUAUAACGGAUCCCGAAUUGAGACAACAGAGGCCAAUAAGCACAAUUUCAGGUUGGGACCAACACCAUCCAGUGACGAAUGGCUACACGAAACCAACAACGUGGGUUAAUCAGCAACAGUUGGAAAUACAGCAUGUGAAUGAAUUCGAGCCCCCAGAAAGUAAUGAUCGAUUAGAGGAAUCGUGCAGCUGUGAUUUAAAUUCAAUAGACAACACAGAGAGCGACGGAAGUCCUGCACUCGUCAAAUCACGUAGUGAAACGGUCGACACCCAACAAUCCAGUGAAGUUGUUUCCCUUGAUUCUAGACUCAGCGACAAACCGGAAACACCGACAACGGCUCGACUGAACCACGUAGAGACUCUGGCAAUCUCGGAGAAUCAAAGUGGUCAGGUUUCGCCAGUGACGACGACGACGACGACGACGACGACAACUCAAGAGGUCAGUGUCACAGAAACCUCAACCGAAUGCUCCAGUGAAAAAGUAGAAAGCUCCAGUCCAGACUCGAUGAUACAUGAAACUCUGACUAAGGAUAAGGAAACAACCAGUCAAACCCAAGAUGCCGAUGUAUCCUCCACGACAAAGGACACCGACGACACAACAUCUGUUUCUCCUUUCGAAGAUGCCGAGGACAAGAAGGAAAAAGAGAAAAUUCAAGUCACAGAAGGGAGAGAAGCAGAAGCUGAAGAAAACGAUAACAGCAUUUCUGAAACAGAAGAUACAACAGAGGAGAAAGAAGCAAGAGAAGAGGAUCAAGAGAAAACUCCCGAAAACGAGAAGGAAGAACAGGAAAUUUCAGACAAAAGUGUCAUAGAGAAAGAAAAUACAGAACAGCCUGAAAAGUUAGCGCCGAAGGAAUUAAAUGAAGAAAGCGAAGUAGUCAGUGAAGAAGUCAACUCGGCGUUGGAGUCUCAAGAGGAUGCCGGUUUGACAGUAGAUCAAGAGUCCACUGUCAAAGAAGCAACUCACGAAAGUAAAGAGGAAAAAAAAGAAGAAGAAGUAGAAGAAGAAGAAGAAGAAGAAUUUGUAGAGGAAACAAUUUCAAAUGAAACGUCAACUGAAACGAACCAAGAGAAGGAAGAGAAAGAAGAGGUUGAACAGAAGAAGGAAGAGUGUUCGGAAACAAGUCUCAAUUGCUCAACUAGCGUAGUGAAAAGCGCCGAAAACUCUCAAGUAGAGAUUAAAGAAUUGGAAAUAUUAGAAAAUAGUGCGUUAAUUAGAGACGAGGGUGAAAGUGUUGUUAUAGAUAGUAGCAAGAAGGAGGAUCUCGAGGAAGAGUCAAACAAAGCAGAAUCAAGCGAGCCGUCCAAUAUUUCUACUAGCUUAAGUGAUAAUGCGAACCUUCCAGUGAGGACUAACGACGAGGAAGUAACGGAUAGUGUUUGUAAAAAUAGCAAUGUUCAAACUUGUGUAGAUAAUGUGAUGCAAGUGCCAAAUUCAACGCAGCAAAUUCCAACAGUACCUACAGUCUGUGAUGAUGUAACUACAAGUUUACAAGACGGUGUGCCUGAAAACGUUAGUUCUAAUGUGAUUGCAAGAGACAAUCCGUUACCAAAUGGCUCAAGUUCACCACACGAGGAACACGUCAAACGAAAAACGAGUUUAUCGAAUAUACAAAUUUCCGAGGAAAAUUUAGAAUCUGCUGCUAGUGAACACUCCGCCCUGUCAGCGUCCCACAAAUCGCAAUCGCCUCAGAAACGACCAAGGAGUGCCUCGACUUCCACGCAAGUCGAUCCAAAUCAAUUCGAUUCAAAUAGAGCAGUAGCAGCAGCCGCAGUGGCAGCAGCUGCUGCAAGACAAGCAACAAAUCCUUCCACGAGACCCAUGUUCAGUCCAGGGCCAACGCGACCGCCUUUCAGGAUACCAGAAUUCAAGUGGUCUUAUAUACAUCAAAGACUAUUAUCGGACGUUUUAUUUUCACUCGAAACUGAUAUUCAGGUUUGGAGGAGUCAUUCGACCAAAUCAGUUCUCGACUUUGUCAACAGUAGCGACAAUGCGAUAUUUGUGGUUAACACGGUGCAUCUGAUCUCUCAACUUUCUGACAAUCUUAUUAUGGCCUGCGGUGGGUUGUUGCCUCUUUUAGCUUCUGCAACUUCACCAAACAGCGAACUGGAUGUAAUUGAACCAACUCAGGGUAUGCCAAUCGAAGUGGCAGUAUCUUUUCUUCAAAGGCUAGUCAAUAUGGCUGAUGUACUUAUUUUUGCGAGUUCGUUGAACUUUGCUGAUUUGGAAGCUGACAAAAAUAUGUCCAGUGGUGGAAUUUUGAGACAGUGUCUGCGUCUGGUCUGUACAUGUGCCGUUAGAAACUGCUUAGAGUGUAAAGAGCGUGGCAGAACGUACAGCAUGUUAGGUCGACAGAUUGGUUCUAGUAAUAAAUCACAGCACAUACAAUCACUUAUUCGAGGAAUUCAAAUGUCACCAAAGAAUAUCGUGGAUAAUUUAGCGAGUCAAUUGAGUCCUGUCAAGGAUCCAGAGAAACUUCUUCAGGACAUGGACGUCAAUCGAUUGCGAGCAGUAGUUUACAGAGAUGUCGAAGAAACCAAGCAGGCACAGUUUCUGUCUCUGUCUAUAGUUUACUUCAUCUCUGUAUUAAUGGUUUCAAAGUAUCGAGAUAUUUUGGAACCACCAGUGACACCGCGACCACCUAGUCCUGUAAAAAUGAUUCAAACAAAUGGGACAAAUCUUCGACCUGCAAGUCCAACAGCGGAUGGAAAUGGUGGUGGAGACGGGCGGCCUCUAUUUCCACAAUGGUCUCACCACGUACACCCUCAGUUCCUUCCGGGGUCACACCCCAACGCCAAUGCCAAUGCCAAUGUCAAUGCCAAUGCCAAUGCCAACCACCACAUCAGCCAGCACCACCACCAGCACCCGCUACCAGCUGCCAGGCACCCUAACAAUCGCCAACUUUCCAACUAUUGUCUCUCGAACCAUCAUAAUAACCAUCACAACCAUUAUCCAAAUAACUUUAACUACCAUCGGUAUCACUAUCAUCACCACAAUAACAACAAUCACCAUCACGCGCUUCAAAACCAUAUCGAUCAGCCCCGAAAUGUCUAUCAUAAUAAUUCUGGUGUUGGUCUGCAAGGAAGUGGUCGAGUAAGCCAUUCGGAGUCACAAGACGAUGGCGAGUAUGAGGUUAUAGUAGUCGACGAAAAUAAUUCAUCAAUUUUGGCUGAUCACGACGUUCCUUCCUCCGGCCCCCCCUCGACAAAGGCUGGUCCUAGGCCACGGAAUAUUCGCGAAGAUUACACCUCGACAGAAACCUCUCUUGGCACUUCUGCGGGAUCCGAACUUCUGCCCCGAAAUCCGCAGAGCAACGAUUCGAGUGAAGAAAACGGACAUCGAAGUAACAUUACUGGCGACCCCAGUCUAUCAGAAGUGACGACCGAUAACGAAAACAAGCAAAAUUCAUCCGAGGAAGCUUGGACUGAUGUGAACUUGAACGAGGACGGAGACACAGUGCCAAUAACAAAUCAAAGAAAUGGAACUAGAAACGUUAAUAACAUCUCGCGUUCUCACGGUGAACUUGCUGACAGUGAGGGAGAGGUUAUUGACAGAGAAACAUUUUCCAACGCAGAGCGAGGGGAAAAGCCAGUAACAGAAAUUUCAGUGGUCCGAGUUCCUGAUCAUUUAAUGGUGACGCCGUCAGCUCCAAGAUCCGAUGAUUUACCAAUUAAAGGACUUGUUGAUCACAUUCCAGUUCCAACGCCGACACGAGAAGCGUCAUUAACUCAACAGUUGGAAACAGCUUUGGGAUCUGUGUGUCCACUUCUUCGCGAAAUAAUGGUUGAUUUUGCACCUUUUUUAUCAAAAACACUCAUUGGAUCGCAUGGCCAAGAUUUACUUAUGGAAGGAAAAGGGUUAACGACAUUUAAAAAUAGUAAUUCAGUUGUAGAGCUUGUGAUGUUGUUAUGCUCCCAGGAAUGGCAAAAUUCUUUACAGAAAAAUGCUGGACUUGCAUUCAUUGAACUUAUAAAUGAAGGAAGACUGCUGUCAUGUGCAAUGAAAGAGCAUAUAGUAAGAGUUUCCAAUGAAGCGGAAUUCAUCCUAAAUAGAAUGCGAGCUGAAGAUGUUUUAAGGCAUGCUGAAUUUGAGUCUCAUUGUGCACAAACCUUAUUGGAUCGACGGGAAGAGGAGAGAAAGUGUGACCAUUUGAUAACGGCUUCGCGAAGACGAGAUAAUGUAAUGGCUAGUCGAAUUUUAGAAAAAGUUCGUAAUAUUCUUACAAAUAAACAUGGUGCUUGGGGUUACAUGGAUCCAAUGGCUGCCAAGUUGACAGAGUAUUGGAAAUUGGAUACCUGGGAAGACGAUACUCGUCGGCGGAGACGUUUCGUGCACAAUCCUCUGGGCUCUAGUCAUCCCGAAGCAACACUCAAAGCUGCCUUGGAACAUGGAGCACCGGAAGACGCUAUUCUCCAAGCACGCGAAGAGUUUCAUGCUCACCUAGCUGCUUCGCGUGCCUAUCAACAACAACUACAAUCGCCAGAUCUUUUGGACGAUAAUGAACUUUUAGUCGACGACAGGGACUUGGAUAAUGAUCUCACUGGUCCUGUGAAUAUUACAGCAAAGGCGAAGCUCAUUGCGCCCGGAAUCGUAGCACCAGGUGUCAUGUCAAUAACAUCCACGGAGCUGUAUUUUGAAGUAGACGAAGACGACGUCGAGUAUAUGAAAAUGGACAAUGAGAUACUAAAGUACUGCGAUCAUUUGCAUGGAAAAUGGUAUUUUUCCGAAAUCCGCGCCAUCUUUACACGAUCUUACCUCCUGCAAAAUGUUGGAAUAGAGAUUUUUCUUUCCAGCAGAUCCUCAAUUUUCUUUGCCCUCCCGGAUCAAGCGACAGUAAAAAAGGUGAUCAAGGCGCUACCGCGAACCGGUGUGGGUGUCAAGUAUGGGAUUCCGCAGACUAGAAGAGCUUCCUUAAUGACACCACGUCAAAUGUUCAGAAUGUCAAACAUGACCGCAAGGUGGCAACGUCGGGAAGUUUCCAAUUUUGAGUACCUCAUGUUCCUCAACACUUUAGCAGGGCGAACUUACAAUGAUCUCAACCAGUACCCAGUGUUCCCUUGGAUUCUUUCGAAUUAUGAAACAAAGGAACUUGACCUCACAUUGCCAAGCAAUUAUCGAGACUUAUCCAAGCCUAUUGGUGCCCUGAACCCUAGCAGAAAAGCCUAUUUUGAGGAGCGUUUCCAAAGUUGGGAACAUGAGAGCAUACCGCCCUUCCAUUAUGGCACUCACUACUCCACUGCAGCCUUCGUUCUCAACUGGCUCAUCCGAGUGGAACCGAUGACUACAUUCUUUUUAGCUCUACAAGGAGGAAAAUUUGAUCACCCUAAUAGGCUGUUUUCUUCAAUCGCUUUAUCGUGGAAAAAUUGUCAACGAGAUACUUCUGACGUCAAGGAAUUGAUUCCGGAAUUUUUCUUUCUUCCCGAAAUAUUUGUCAACACUAACCGUUAUCGCUUAGGUGUUCAAGAAGAUGGUAGUUCUGUUGGAGAUGUACAACUACCUCCUUGGGCAACGUCUCCGGAGGAAUUUGUUCGCAUAAAUCGAAUGGCCCUUGAAUCUGAAUUCGUCUCGUCACAACUUCAUCAAUGGAUAGAUUUAAUUUUUGGAUACAAGCAGAGAGGACCAGAAGCUGUAAGAGCAACCAAUGUUUUUUAUUACUUGACCUAUGAAGGGAGUGUUGACUUGGAAACAAUUACGGAUGCCAUAAUGAAAGAAGCUAUAGAAAAUCAAAUUCGAAACUUUGGACAAACACCAUCGCAGCUUCUCUUGGAGCCUCACCCGCCGAGAAACUCCGCUAUGCAUGCAACUCCAAUGAUGUUCAACAGCAUCCCAGACGAUGUUUGCAUGACUGCCAAGUUUCCUUCAAAUUCUCCAAUUUGCCACAUUUCAGCAAAUACACUUCCACAAGUUCCUAAUCCAUGCAUUGUUACUAUAACAACUGGACAUCAAUUUGCCCUAAAUAGAUGGAACUUGAAUUAUACUGCUUCUGUACAAUCUCCAAGUUAUGCCGACAAUCCUCAAGUUCAAGUUGUCCAUCAACCAUUUCAAAUGGAUCCAAUGUUGUCACAAGCAACAAACAGUUCAAAUGUUGCUCUGCGACGGCAUCUAGGCGACAACUUUAGCCAAAAAGUGAAAAUUAGAAGCAAUUGCUUCAUAACGACCAUCGACAGUCGGUUUAUAGUAGCUUGUGGCUUUUGGGACAACAGUUUUCGCGUUUUCUCAACUGAAACAGCGAAAAUUGUUCAGAUAAUUUUCGGUCACUAUGGAGUGGUGACAUGCUUAACACGAAGUGACUUGAAUGCAAUGACAGACUGCUACAUUGCUUCCGGAAGUGCUGAUUGCACUGUUCUUCUGUGGCACUGGAAUGCAAGAACACAAACCAUUGUUGGAGAAGGAGAAACCCCUGCACCACGAGCUACUCUCACUGGUCACGAGCAACCUGUGACUGCAGUUGCCAUCUCUGUAGAGCUUGGACUUGUGGUUUCUGGCUCUCACUAUGGUCCAGUGCUAGUUCAUACAACUUUUGGAGAUCUUCUAAGAUCUCUAGAGGCUCCAAAUGGCUUUUCGUCUCCAGAAAAUUUGGCAAUAAGUCGUGAAGGCUUAGUUGUCAUCAAUUAUGAACGAGGACAUAUUGCUGCCUUUACCAUAAAUGGAAAACGUUUGCGAUAUGAAUCACACAAUGAUAAUCUACAAUGCUUGAUUAUGAGUAGAGAUGGAGAAUACAUGAUGACUGCCGGAGAUAAAGGAAUCGUUGAAGUAUGGCGAACUUUCAAUCUCGCUCUACUUUAUGCCUUUCCAUCAUGUGAGAGUAGUGUGAGAUCUUUGGCGCUUUCUUAUGAUCAAAGAUUUCUCUUGGCAGGAUUAGCGAAUGGUUCUAUCGUAAUAUUCCACAUCGAUUUCAACAGAUGGCAUCAUGAGUAUCAGGAUCGUUACUGAAAUUAUUACUUUCCUUGGAGAUAAAUGAAAAGUUGGGUUUAUAGAUACAUCAAUGACAAGCCAAGAAUUUCUUCAAUUAAACAAAUAAGUUCAGAUCUCUGCGCAAAGAGACAAUUUUCUCUUAAUAUGUACUUAAUGAUGAGGUAGCACUCGAGAAAAAAUUGCUAUAGUUGCUUUUCUUUUAUAUAUAAAGAGUAAAAAACCGAUGAGGGUAUAAUGGAGAAAAAUAUUGAAAGAAAAGAUUCAGGUAAUGUGUAGAAAAUUAAAUACUGCAGGAUGCCCAUCACUUUGGGAAAGGAGGACAAAUCAAAGAAUUUGAAAAGAAUAGAAAAUGCAAGAAUUGCAUGAUAGUUUUUUAGAGCAGGUAGUCAAAACAUGGCAUUGAAUUUGCUAUUAAUGAAAAUAUCAGAAAGCUAAAAUCAUUUUUCACUCUUGAUUUAAAAAUAUCCCUUAAAAAAAUGAUAAAAUUGAAAUAUUAUAAUAAUACAUUGCUUACUUUUUAGAACAAAUUUUAUUCCCAUUUUGGUCAAAAAAAAAUGUGAUGACAAAAGUAGAAAGAAGAAUUCGUUUGUGUAGGAAAAAAUGAAGAAUUGUAAAAGAAAAAUAUUUGGUGGGCAUCCUGUACAAGCAGAAGACUAGUCAAUUAUGGAGACUUGAUUUUAGGAUGAGUAUUUGCAAUUUUUUCGUGCAUGCUCGCAGACAUUAACAAUUUUUAAAAACUGCGACCCAACUAACUGAUUGAGUCGCUGUAAAAUGAUGCCAAACUGUGCUUAACUUAUUUUUAUGUAGGUAAUUGAGUACGUUGGUUUUGACGAUAAAAUUGCUUAAUGCAUUCCAUGUAAAUAUUCAAUCUCCUUUCGUAUUCUGUACAUUGUAAUCAUAAUGCCUUCAAAGUAUAUUUGCACUGUUCCGCGCCAAUGCAAUAUUAUUGCUGCUCAUAGUAAGGUUUUGGCAAUUAAAAAAGCCUGAAGGGUAUAUUGAAAUGAACCAACAAAUACUUUUCAUUCAAGAAACAGUAUCCUGGAUUAACCCUUCCAAUUUCACAAACAAACAAACACACACACACACACACACACAUAUUAUAUAUAUAUACACAAAAUUCGCGUCCUUAAAAUGAUCCUAAUUUUAUCAAAGCCGUCCAGCUUAACUUUGUGAGGAUAUGUCUUAGUAUUUUCGCAUGCGAGACUUAAUAAUAAUAAUAAUAAUAAUAUAACGAAAAAUACACUUAUAAGCGAUAAAUUAGUAGAUAGAUACUUGACAUCUGGAUUAAGAGUAAGUAACGUAUUAUUAUAAGAUAACUAAGUAAAUGAAUAAUAUUGAAAUUUUUCCUUUUUGUCACUACUUUCGAAUGUGUGCGAAAAAAGUUGGUGAAAGAGAAAAAACAAGAUUGUACUUUUUUUCUAUUGUAAUUUUCUUCCCGCAUACUUUUAAAAGUGUAUUUAUAAUUAUUGACGACCUAUUAUAGACUAUUUAUCACAAUUUAUUUUAAUAAGCAAGAUCAAAAUCAUAGCAGUUUCUUCUACCACUUCAAUAUCGAAAACAGCCCCCAAUAUUAAUCAUUUCUCCUAUAGUGUAUUUUCACAUGUAUUACACAUGUGAUGGAAUCUUUCUUGAACUUGUAUACUUAUUUCCUCUAGUUUCAUUACUUUUGCUCAAAGUUGCCACCGUUUUAAUUUAUAUGUUAUAGAUAGAAAAGGCACCAUGACCAACUACUUGAACAACCUUUUGCAUUAAAUCAAUUAUAGAAGCCCAUAGUUUUUAUUUGCCUGCAUUGAAAUUUAAUAGACUGGAGAAUAAUGGGAUCUAUUAUAUAUUUUUCAAUCAUAUCUUGUCCAUCAUUAUCUUUUAUAUGAGGAUUGGUAUAACAAAUUAAACAUUGCUAAAUGUGUAAUUUGACAAUAUUAUACAAAAAAACAGCCUCCUUUGAUGUUGGCACUUGUUGAAGAGAAUAAAGCAGGUACUCUUAAGAAUAUUUCUGUAGGACUCGAUCCUCUUCAUCUGAUGAUGCUUCAGAGUCUUGUUUAAUUUGCACAAGGUUGUUUGGCUCCUCUAUUAUUAUUUCCUCUUUAUUCAUUUCUUGUUGUUCCUCUUGAACGCUUGAAUAUUGCCACAACAUUUUCUCUCCGAUUUCAUUUGAUUAUUAUCUUACCAAUAAGCUUUAUAUGUCUCUGAGAAAGAUAUUUGUUUAUCAAAUAAAGAUCCAGAAAAUAUAGCAGUUAUUCUUUUCUUUCCAUCUGUUUGUUGUAAACUUUGUCAACACAUAUUCAAUUACACAAUCAAUUGUACAAUUAUUAUUACUCUGAUGCAUGAAAUCAUUUGCCACAAUACAAGCAUCAUAUAUUUUUUAAAGAAAUUGUUAGACCAUAAUAUCUUUGGAGGGCGAGUGAAAAACGAUGAAAACUUUAUUAAUGAUAAGCCAUGUCCUGCUGUAUAUAUACAUAAUUUCCAUGAGUCUUGCUAGUUUAUGUGCAAGAAAGAAAUCAUCAAAUAUAAGAGCGAGUGUUUAUCAAAAGAUUGAAAACUAUCUUGUGAUUCAUUUGGAAUCAUUAUUUGCGAGUUUUUUUUAGGUUUUUAAGAGGAGUCUUUUUUUCUGUUUGUUCCCGUUUUUUUUGGGGGGGGGGGAACCAUUGUCGCUUUCUUUAUUCUCUUUUUUCUUUAAGGAUCCCAAUGACUAAUCAAGAUGAAUUGAUUAACAAGAGUUAAUUAAUCAUCAUUAUAAUACCUAUAGGUGGUAUUUAGUGUGGAAGUUUCAUUAAAACAUCUUAAAGAUUUUAACUAUUUCAACUAGUCGUCGAUUUAAAAUACACGUUAAAUUAAAACUUGAUUUGUCCCUCUUUGUAUAGAAAAACAUAUGCAUUUUAAUUAUAUCGUCUGCACGUAUCAAAUUCGAUAGACACACGACACGGCUUGCAAGAAUUAUAAUAUGAUAAAUUAUACAAAAUAUUGUACAUCGACUUUAAAUAAAAACUGCACCUUGUCUGCUGGCUGUAAUAAAUAUAAAUAAAUAUGUAUUUACCAACACUAUUAGAAACUGUUCUUUAUAAUAUAAUUCAAUUCGCAUACUAUUAAUUAUUUGUCCGUAAAACGGAAAAAGUUUCCAAGUUGUGUUCCUUUCAAUCUACACUAUAUAUAUAUACUAUUUAAAAGAACAGUCACUAAUAGUGAAAGUAUAUAGAGAAAAACAUUACUCACCGUAAGAAAGCUGAUAUAGAUGAAUGAAUUAGUAUUGAGGCGUGAUGUAAUGCUUUUACUUACGGUUUUGAGAUAUAUAAGUAUAAGUAGGUUCAAACAAAACAACUUCAAUAACAAGUUAUUCUUUUUUUCAAAAGAAAGAGUAAUGAAAAAUUAGGUAAUUACUAAUUUUCAAUUUUUAAUGCUAGAAUUAUAGUUUUCCAGAAUAUAAUUAACACGUGCAUUUGACCAAAAAAAGUCAAACUCAAUGAAAUAUAAAAGGUUGCAGAGCAAGUUUUAUUAAUAGUUUUUGCAAUUAUAAUAUUUAUUUAAAGAAAAAAGUCAAAAAACUAAAAAAAAAGAAACUGAAAAUUAGAUAUGCGUACGCAUUAAUUGUGUAAAAAUGUCGAGUUAUGUUGUAAUAAAAAAGUGCGUUCAAUGAGAGAGAGAGAGAGAGAGAGAGAGAGAGAGAGAGAAAA